AAGGAGGAGGGACCUGCAUCCUGGUUCAGGACUGGGGUGGCCGCUGCCGCUGCGCUCCUAGCAGGCAGGGUGAGGGGUCUGGAGGAGCGACCGCCCCCUCCCCUCGGCUCCCCGGGCCCCGCCCCCGCAGACGUGCGCCUCCCGCCGCUGCACCAGAGCGCGCAGGGGCUGCGUAGCCGCGGGAUGCAGGAGGAGCUGGCGUAUGAGACAGACUGCUUGCUUCCUCUGGAGAGGCAGCUCCAUGAGGCCGCCCGCCGGAACAACAUCAGCAGGAUGCAGGAGUUGAUUGGGAGAAGGGUUAACACCAGGGCCAGAAACCACGUUGGCAGGGUGGCCCUGCACUGGGCUGCAGGUUCAGGGCACGAGCAGGCUGUGCGUCUGCUCCUGGAGCAUGAGGCUGCUGUGGACGAGGAGGAUGCGUUUGGGAUGAAUGCGCUUCUCCUGUCUGCCUGGUUCGGCCACUUACGGAUCCUCCAGAUCCUGGUCAACUCGGGGGCCAAGAUCCACUGUGAGAGCAAGGAUGGCCUGACCUUACUGCACUGUGCAGCCCAAAAAGGCCACGUGCCUGUGCUGGCAUUCAUAAUGGAGGACCUGGAGGAUGUGGACCUGGACCACGUAGACAAGCUGGGGAGGACAGCAUUUCACAGGGCAGCUGAGCACGGGCAGCUGGAUGCUCUGGACUUCCUCGUGGGCUCUGGCUGUGACCACAGUGUCAAAGACAAGGAGGGGAACACAGCCCUUCACCUGGCUGCUGGCCAGGGCCAUGUGGCUGUGCUGCAGCGACUUGUGGACAUCGGGCUGGAGCUGGAGGAGCAGAAUGCGGAAGGUCUGACCGCCCUGCAUACGGCUGCUGAGGGGACCCACCUUGACUGUGUGCAGCUCCUUCUUAGGGCUGGGAGCAGCGUGAACGCACUCACCCAGAAAAACCUGAGCUGCCUUCACUAUGCAGCCCUCAGUGGCUCAGAGGACGUGUCUCGGGCCCUCAUCCACGCAGGAGGCUGCACCAAUGUAGCUGAUCAUGGCGCCUCUCCUAUGCAUCUCGCUGUCAGGCACAACUUCCCUGCCUUGGUCCGGCUCUUCAUGAACUCUAACAGUGACUUGAAUGCCAUGGACAAUAGGCAGCAGACGCCCCUUCACCUGGCUGCAGAGCAUGCGUGGCAGGACAUAGCAGAGAUGCUCCUCAUUGCUGGGGUUGACUUAAACCUGAGAGAUAAGCAGGGAAAAACUGCCCUGGCAGUGGCCGCCCGCAGCAACCAUAUCAGCCUGGUGGACAUGAUCAUAAAAGCUGAUCGUUUCUACAGAUGGGAGAAGGACCACCUUUCAUGCAACGACUCCAGUGACCCCUCUGGGAAGAGCUUGUCCUUUAAACAGGACCAUCGGCAGGAAACACAGCAGCUCCGCUCUGUGCUGUGGCAGCUGGCCUCUAGAUUUCUGCAGCCUCAUGAGUGGAAGAAGCUGGCAUAUUCCUGGGAGUUCACGGAGGCGCAUGUCUAUGCCAUCGAGCAACAGUGGACAGGCACCAGGAGCUACCAGGAGCAUGGCCACCGAAUGCUGCUCAUUUGGCUGCAUGGCGUGGCCACAGCUGGUGAGAACCCCAGCAAAGCGCUGUUCGAGGGCCUUGUGGCCAUUGGCAGGAGGAGCCUGGCUGAAAACAUCAGGAAGAAAGUAAACGCGGCCCCGAGUGCCCCCAAGAGGUGCACAGCCAUGUAACCAGAGGGGCCGGACCUUCAGGGAUGUGGGACUUCAGAGUGUGGAGCCAUGUGAACAGAAGAUGACCACCAUUUAAGAGCUUUUAAAAAAAAUCACUGUUAACAGACCUCCAACUGAUUCUACUGAAAUGCACAGUCAUGCAGAGCCAAGCAGGCAAAUGUUUUGUAUAGUAAUAUUUUUCAUGAGGAUGGGUCCAGGGGCUGUUUCAGGUUUCGUGGGUAAUCCCAUCACACAGGUAUGGUCCUUUGGAGCUCUUGGCUCACUUCUUUUUUUUUUUUUUGAGAAGGAGUCUCACUCUGUCGCCAGGCUGGCGUACAGUGGUGCAAUCUCGGCU